AUGGCGGCGCAAGCUCGCUCGACUUCGCAGACUCGCCCCCUGAAUCCUGCAUCCGCCCCGAACGCGUCCGCCGGCAAAAUUUCUCCUCAAUCAGUCAACUCGCAGUCUGCCAUAAACGGUGCUGCCGACCAUACCACAGCUGUACCGCGCACCCAGCACAAUGCAUCCACAGUUCCCUCGAGCGCUAGCAGACAAGCCUCUCGAGCGCCCCCGCCUGUCGAGGAUGAAGAGAGCUGGCCUGAGGUAGGCAAAGCUCUUGCGCAGCCAACCCCUCGGCCCCCUCAGACAACCCUCAGCAAGUCAGGGGAGGAACGGCAUGAGCAGGAUGAGAAGAGCGAGGCAUCACUUUCUUCGGGUCCGCACAAGAAGAGCGAGAAACCGAAGUGGGUACCAUUGCCGCCCGAAGAAUGGCAAGCGCCGGUAGAGCCUCGCUCCCAGCGCUCGCAACCGCAUUCAAGAUCGAGCUCCCAACUCCCUCACCACCGUCAUCCACGGCCUUCCGGAUCAACGAACGCCUCCCAACGCCCUAGUAAUGCUGCUUCCGGACGCACGUCGAAAGCCAGCAGCGUACAUUCUUCACCUCGUCGCCCACAACGUGGACGUGCACUCCCGCCGUCAUUUGAUACACUUGGAGGACGAUCGGCUGAAGCGUCUGUCCAUCCAUCACCACGGGUCAUUGCCGAAACACAACCCUCGUACCCUGACCCCAGCGGAAUGCAGCCGCUACCGCUUCAACAACCCUUUUAUGCGCCGAUGCCGCCAUUUUCGCCUGCACAUUCCCCACAUCCCCACCAAUACAUGCGCAGUCCUCCCAACGGGUUCAUGCCUCCACCUCCACCACCAUUCGUGCAUUCGAAUACGCCUCCCCCUGGACCUUAUCCACCGUACCCAUACCCCCCAUAUGGGUACCCCUAUCAACACCCAUACACGAUGUACGGGUAUCCGCCACCGCCUCCCCCUGGACCUUUACCGCCAGAGCAAGGCGGCGGAUACCCUCCUUAUCCACACCUUCAAACUGGCCCACCUCCACAAGCGUCGCCCUUGAUCGCCGCAGAGGAACCUCCUCGCGAAGCCAGCCUUCCACCGUUGACGGAUAUGACGCGUCCUCCGCCACCGAAGCAGGUAGAUGCGAUAGCUGGAUAUCGCGAGGUCGGACCCUCGGACGGCAGCCCCGGAGCUGGCGUUGUCUUCGGUCGGUUUGGCCUGGAGAAGUCGGGAGUCCGUAGCCCAAGCCCCGUACGGCCGCCUUUGGCGCCUGCGCAGCAUAUGCAAGCGUUCACUGUUGGCGAUUCCCGAGAGGAUGUGGUCGAUAGGACCGAUCCAGACGUGCAGCUCUCCUUCGGGACGCUGUCCCUGGCGGACGCACCACCAGCACAAUCGCAGCCAAUAGUGUCAAAUGGGUUGCAGGUGCACAUCGGCGGUGCUGCACCACCCGGUCCUGCAACUGAUUCGAGCGCAGACACUUGGGAAGUCAGAGACUACGGAUAUGGGUUCGGGAGGGCCAGUGCACCGCGCCCCACGCCUUCGCACGCACAUCAGCAUCAUGAUAACACCGGGAAACCACGGAGAGGGUAUGGGAAUGGUUCGGGACCUACUUAUGGUGGCAGGCGCGGUGGUCGGGGUGCAGGUCGCGCCUACAGUGCCCGCGGUGGUUCACGCGGCCCCCCGCCUCAGACUCAGUAUAUGCCCCUUCCACCUCAGCCUGAGAGUCAACACCAUGGCGGUCUUUUUAUCCCACCCCUCGUCCCGCCUCCGCCUCCAUUUUUUGAUCCGUACGCUGCCGCCGGUUUUGCACCACCUCCGAUGCCUCCACCACUAUCCGCGGUUGCAGGAUCUGCUUCAGAUACGACGAGCUAUCCACGGCCAAGAAGCGUGUUACCUGGUGGUCUUGAUCCACUAAGGCAUCAGCUACUCGGUCAAUUGGAGUACUACCUCAGCCCGGAGAACUUUGCUGGAGAUUUAUUCUUGCGAAAGAAUAUGGAUGCGCGGGGAUGGAUACCCAUAUCGUUGUUGGCGUCCUUUAAGCGCGUGCGUGCGCUCACGCCCAUUGAGCGUGUCGUCGUCGAGACACUCAUGCUGAGCCGCAUCGUCGAGGUUCGCAACCUGCAACAGGGCUCAUACGUCCGUGCCGCGCGGGGGGAGUGGGAGCCAUAUGUGCUCCCCGACGCGGCCGAGAGCGUGGUUGAACCUAGCGUCACGGCUUCGACCUCUGAGUCGCCACUGUCGCCGGCAAACGAAGAAGAGGAGGAGGAAGUUGAGUUCGUACUUAGCAACGCCAAUAACGCCACCACCGUCACUGCGCCGACAUCCUAA